AUGCGCGGUCAUUCCAUUCUGAUUGCCUCAUGGGCUCUUGCUGUAUCAAUAAUACUCAACGGAAGGCAACUUUGCUCAGGUUGCUUUUUAGAAGAAAAACAUGCUCUCUUGGACUUCAAAGCUUCCUUAAAUGUGACUACAAAUGCUCAUCUUAUCCUUUCUUCGUGGACUGGAAAAGAAGGUGAUGGAGCAAAUGCUGAUUGCUGCACCUGGGAAGGGGUCAAGUGCAGUAAUAUUACUGGGAGAAUUGUUGAACUCCGCCUUAGUUAUUUGCGAGAGAAUAUGGAUGAGGAUUGGUAUGUAAAUAUAAAUAUUAGCACUUUCAUACCUCUGAAGGACCUGCGAGCUCUAGACCUGAGUCGUAAUUUCUUCCAGGGUGAAGUGACAGAUUUCAAGCGUCUGGAAAAAUUGGAGUUUCUUGACUUAAGCGGUAAUCAGCUUUCUGGUUCCUUGUCCUUUAAAGAAUUGAAGCUGGAGAACUUGAAGGUACUCAAUCUUGAAUAUACAAAUUUUAACAAACUCUCAGACGUUGAGGCUUUAACUUCUCUCAAAGCCUUAUCUUUGAACGUUAUUGGUAUUAAUGAUUCCUCCGUCCUUCAAGGAAUUUGCAGUUUGAAGAAUCUCCAUGAACUUCACCUGAGUCGGAAUAAUUUUUACGGGCCUGUUCCCAUGUGCUUCAGAAACUUGACAUCUCUUCGACUUCUUGAUCUCUCCAACAAUAUUCUCAGCGGAAACAUCCCUGCAGCUCUCAUUACUCCUCUCGUACACCUUGGGUAUCUAUCUCUCUCUGGCAACCUUUUUGGAGGUUCUUUUUCUUUCAGUUCUUUGGGCAACCAUUCAAAGCUUCAGGGGUUCAAACUUGGACCUUUGAACAAUGAUUCACAUGUCGACACUGAGGAUCUUGCUCUGCCCCCACCAUUUCAGCUAAAGGCUCUCUAUUUAUCUGGCUGCAACUUGAAUAAUCAGACUCGAAAAAUCCCAAGUUUCCUGCUCUAUCAGAAAGAAAUGCAAAAUCUUGAUCUGUCUUCCAAUAAGUUAGUGGGCCAGAUUCCUACUUGGCUUCUGCAAAAUAAUACAAACUUGGAAGUUCUUGUUCUAAAGGAUAACUCUUUUACGGGUCCGUUUCUUGUAGAUGAUUCUCUGGGAAAAUAUCUACGUCAAUUAGACAUCUCAAACAAUGACGUCAGUGGUAAGGUUCCCCAAAAUAUCGGUUUAUCUUUUCCAUCUCUGCAGUGGUUGAAUUUGUCAGGAAAUUCAUUUGAAGCCAAUAUUCCCCAGUCAUUGGGAAACUUGACAUGGGCAGAAUCAAUUGAUUUGUCCCACAACAUGUUUUCAGGGGAGGUGCCAGGUCAAAUUGGAACUGGAUGUUUAUUUCUUAGAAUAUUGGUAUUGUCUUAUAAUAAUUUGCAUGGCAAUUUUCCUUCUGGGUCCACGAACUUAACAAGCCUAGAAUUCCUUCACUUGGAUAAUAACCAUUUUAUUGGGAGCAUUUCACAUGGAUUAUCUCGUUCUCCAAGUUUAUCUUUGCUGGAUAUUUCAAACAAUUCUUUUCAAGGCAAAAUUCCAAGUUGGAUUGGAAAUUUUUCAGAUUUGAAUGGUCUUGACAUGUCAACCAACUUGCUAGAAGGUAGCUUACCAGAUGCUAUAUGCAAACUUUCAGAUCUUGAAUUUUUAGACCUCUCCAAAAAUCAGUUGAUCGGACCUUUACCAGCUUGCUCCGAGCUUACGUCAUUGAAGUUCAUCCACCUGCAUCACAACAUGAUCUCAGGGCCCAUCUCAAACAUGCUGUCUGGGAGCUUCAAUUUGAUGACACUCGAUUUGGGUUACAACAAGCUGUCUGGCGGUAUACCACGCUAUAUUGGUAAACUUAAAGAGCUCAGGGUCCUUCUAUUGGGGGGAAAUGAAUUGCUUGGUCAUAUUCCUUUGCACUUAUGUCAGCUGCAGAAUGUGACAAUUAUGGAUCUUUCUCAGAAUAAGUUUUCUGGGCCACUGCCUACAUGCUUCAACAAAAUUUCUUUUGGCAGCGGGCAGUUCUCCAAAGAUGCAUUUUUUAAAUACCAGCUUUUUUUUCCCCAUACACCUUCCUUUUUUGGCCAUGGAUAA